AUGGCCAACCACUGGGAUGGGUUCGCACCUGCACAUGGCGUCUUUUACAGUGUUUUCCAUCCAACGGAGGGUACCAAGGUCAAAUACGAAUUUCCUCCAGGCUGUUUGGCUGCCAGCGACAUAAAUUUCAGCACGAUCAAAAACUAUGUGAUUCCCAAGCCACAGCUUUGUAAUAAGCUUUUGACGUUCAAAUGCGGGUCUUUCAGACUGGUUUGUUUCCCGGUGAACAUCGCGGCACCGUACUACGCGCGAAACUCGUUCAGUUUCGACUUUGUCUUCGUCUUUCCAUAUGAUUGCGCGACGUCGCCGUACGAACCAUCUAUCGAGAGGCUGGGCAAGAUGUUCACAGUACUGGAGGAGCAGUCUCAGAUUCUGUCCAAGGCGGAGAAUAGCAGUGUUUUCUUUCAAUUGAAAGCCGACGCGCUUCAACACCCCCAACAGGAAGCUGCACCUGGCGCUGACAAGACCAGUGUGCUGGCCAUGGUUGAGGGUAACGAUUCUAGAGGACAAGACUACGCUUCUGAGAAGUACCAGGAGAUUUUGAAAGAUUUACAGGGCAAUAGCAAGCGGCUCGCGGUCGACGACUUGAUCACCAAGAUUUUCCAAGAUCUGAACAACUACUCCGAAUGCUUGAUUCCUAUUGACUCGGGCAAUGCUGUUGACAUAAAGCUGUUCCCACUUUUACCUCCACCUAGCUCCAACUUAUCGUUCGAAGAUGUGCCGAUUUCCACGGUGAACCUGGCCAAACUUAGAGAUGCCAGUUGGGAUCCAACGAUGCUAAGAAUCGUACCCUACAUCAACGGAAUCAAUAGUAUCUCCAAGAUUAGUCGCUUAAGUGACAGUGACGUUGGGUUGGUAACCGAAUGCAUCAAACAUUUUAUUUACUACAAUUGUGUGAUAUUGGCCGAUAUAUUCCAGUUUGGCAACAUUUACGCGCCGACUAGUAAUCUAGGCCGGUUUCUCACGGAUCCAUCUCUGGCAGCCGCUUGCCAGUCUUACGUCACGUUCAAAGAAUUAACACAAGUCUCCUGCCUCUCGUUCGACAAGAGAAUCCCACGUCUGAGCAGCAGUAACUCCAGGACUCGCAACUCAAAUACGACGCUUGAUAACGUUCGUAAACCGCACUUUUAUGCGUCUCGCAGCGAAUCACUCACGUCAGCUAUCGAUUUCUCUACGACUGUCAAUCAAAAUACCCCUCAGUCACAUAAUUCUUCCAUGCCCUACCAAAGCUCUGAUGCACUCAAUUCAUACCCCGGUAAUACGGGUGAGAAAAAUGAUGCUCCUUUUCCUGCGAAGUCAUGUCUCUUCGAUCUAUACCGAUCCUUUACUCAAGGCCAAACGGUCAAAGAAUGGUAUAAAGUCCAUUUCGAAAAAAUUCGGGCAGCUAGGAUUGAUGUGAGGCGCUUCAUAACAUUUGGCACCGUUCAUGGCUUACUAUACCGCUGCAAUUCUUUUCCAAUCAUGAAAAAUGCAGGUUUUUUGGAAGCCUUUAAAUUUAUGAACUCAUCGAAGAACCCUGAUCUCAGCACCAGUGAGUGGGUAUCAAAGAAGCAGGGCUCUAUGAACAAUUUACUAUCUGCUGCAGACAUAAAGGUUGGUAUGGAGAAUGAGAAUCUGCGGAAAAGGCGUAAUCGAUUUAAAACCGCAGACGCAGCAGAGGAAGCAUUGAACGAUGUAUAUCGUAAACUUGCUAUUAACGAAGUACCGCCCGAUACGGUUGCCAAAAAUCCCAUGAGUCAUUUUUCCAAUUCUCACAGUCAGUCUUCCUUCGAUAGGUCGACUAAAGGAAGCUUGAGCGCAGCUGGUUCUGACGCCCGAAGCAAAGUUCCCUUGGAUAUCAGAAGGCCACUUACACCUGCUUCGCAAGAUGAGGCAAAAAGAUACGACAUGCAUCAAUCAAUUGCGAAAAGAAGAAACGAAGAGCUGAAUCUGCUUAAGGCAGUUCGGGACGUCGACAGCUUCGAUAAGAUAUGUUCACGUCUAGAAAUAGAUCGUGACGAGGUCGAAGAGAUGUUACGAGAUUUAGGACCAUACAACGUCAUUAAUACGUGA